AUGAGAAAUAAUAUAACAGUUGAUAAUUCAAUAGCAAAAUCUCAGUCAGUCGAAAUGAAAUCAUCAGAGAAAUGCAGUGGUCGAGAUAUAAACACUAAGUUUGAUAUUGACAUCGGUUAUGCUAUUAAAUUGUUAAAAAAAGAAGAUGAAAGUGUAAAUGUGUACAACCAUUUGCAAGGUAUCUUAGAUAAAAUAUCAUCAGAAAGGCCAACAAGUCCACUUGAAAACUUUGAAAAAUAUAGUCAGUUAUUAAAGCGCACAUAUAUCCAUAAGGAAGUUAACUUUGAACGAGUUUUUAUUGAUAAUAUAAACCGGAGUUACUGUCAAAAAAGUCUACAAAUGUAUAAGUGUGCUUUGAAGAAACAAUCGGAAAAACAAAAACAGUAUAAUAUUAAUAAGAAUAACAGUAAAAACCCGGAAAAUGUGAUAGGCAAGAAGAAGAAAAUCAUCGUGAAUAACAGUAACAAUAUUAAUGUGCAAGUGCAGAAUCUUUUCGAAGUAAACUUAAUGUUCAACAAAGCCGGCUGCGGACUGCCAUUGGACGAAGUCGCUUUGAUAUCGAUGUCAAUGAACGAAAUGGCACUAUUAAAUAAAUUUAAAAAAAUCAGGUUUUGGGGAAAAAUAUUUGGAAUAAAAAAAAUAUAUUUUAUAAUAGAAUGCGAAUGGACGGACGCAGAGUUAACUCGAAAAACAUUGGUAAUUACUCAAAUGAAUAUGACUAAAAAGAACGAUUCGUCCGAGUCGAAACACGAAAUGGAGUCUGUGCGAUCCACCGUAAAUAAAUUCCAGGAUUCAAUUGAUUCCAAUGUAUCAGUUUUCGACGUUGAAAUGACUAACGAUGCAAUAAAAUCUGACGACUCGUGGACAUCUUCCAGAAAAAACUACAACUGUGAAACUGAAACAUCGGAAGUGUUACCACCAGAAAUGAUUGGGAAAGGUGCAAACAAACGUGUUUACUUUGUCUCUAAUGAAUUAAAUUCGAAAUGGAUUGAACUAGAUUCGGUGCAACCGUAUCAAAUUGUCGAAGCGCGAAGGAUCAAACGAUAUUUCACCGGAAAAUUGAACCAGCCAAUAAUCAGUUUUCCAAAGUUCAAAGGAAUGGAACUCGAUUAUCUAAGAGCUCAAAUUGCACGAAUAUCGUCAAGUACUCAGAUAUGCCCACGAGGGUACUAUGUCUUUAAUAGUGCAACAUCAACUUCAGAGAAUACGCUAGAGAAAACCCAGUCUGAAGUUUCAUCGAACUUCACAGAAACAAUUAAUUUUGAUUUAAUUCCGAACAAAAAUGUCAAACCCAUUCCAAACAAGGAUAUGAUUAAUUUGAAUUAUUGGGUGCAUAAAAAUCCUCAAAUAAAUGAUACCGGAAUUACUGCUAAUCAUCCGGGUGCCCUUUUUUCGUCCAAGUUGAUACAAGAUUCUAAUAUUGAUGAAAUCAGUGUGUAUGAAGAACUCGAAGAAUAUGAAGUUAAUAAUAAAGAAAGUUCUUUGAAUGCCAACGGAGAGUUGUUUGGAAAUUUAAGUCAGGAUAUCACAAUUGAAAAUGAAUCGGCAUGGAAAGGUUUUAUAUGCUCUCCUUUUAAUACCCGUUAUUCUUAUACAGUGAUGAUGUCUCACAUAUGGCCAGGAGCAUAUGCAGUUGUUGAUAAAUUAAAAACGGAUUUUGUGUACAUUGGAUGGGCUCAAAAACAAGAUUGUUCUCAGUAUGCUCAGCUUUCUUCAAAAUUAAUAGAUGGAUAUAAAAUGGAAAUGUCUACUAAGGAAAGUCAAACAGAGUAUGAGGAAGUUCAAAAGAUUCAAAAUAAUCAAAUAACUGAUUUAGAAUUAAAAUUACAAAUUCCAUCAAACGAAUACAUAUUCGAAGAAGUAGAAAAUGAACUUAGUAUUGAUUAUGAUAUCGAAUAA